CUUCCUGCCACACUCCUGCCACAGCCCCUUCAGCUGCUGUCAGAAAGCCAGAGGAAUCUGGCAGUCCCAGAAGGUCCAGCUGCUGUGCUGAAGGGCCGCUGUCUCCCGCUCCUCCAGCUGCCCUGCAGCUCCCCAGCCCUCUCUGAGCACUAGGCAGAGGCUGCAGGGGCAGGUCCCUGGCCGAGCACCACGGGCAGCAGCGAGGCAGCACGGCUGGGUACUUUGGGUAACUCCUGGACACUUGGGUCUGCUGCGUGGUGCCGUAUGUUGGUACAUGUGGGGGGAUGGAUUGUAGGAGAAUAGAGAUGGUGCUGAAGGUAAUCUCGCCCCUGGGGAGUUGCAGCUGUACUGAUUACCAAAGAGUAGGAACAGGCCUGCCCUUAAUGGGGCACAGCUGUGUCCAAUAGGAUGGGUGUUAUCAAAGAGUGGGUGAGCUGGUGGAGAGGAGAGCUGGAGUUUGUUGGCUGGGCUGUGAGGAGGAAGGGUCAGGCGGUCAUGCAGAAGAAAGAGAAAAGGAGUCAGUGUUGCAAGGAGCUGCCCGUGGGAACUCACAGAGAGAAUGUAUGAAAGUUUUACAGUAAGAUAACAAACUAACGGUGACAGUUUCCAUCCUUUCCAUCCACCAUGGAUUAGUGCCAAGCACCCACGCCCACAAUUGGUGGCCCAUAGGGGGAUGGAUCCCAACAGGUACACUUAGGGCAGCAGGGGCAGGGCACCAUGCAGGGGGGUGGAAUCACAGCAUUGCAUGGCAAGGGAUCCUUGCUGGCAACCAGAAAGAGGAAAAUGAUCAAUGGCUGCUUUGGAAAGGUAAGGUUCACCACACCCCUUUACCAGCUAACAAAGGGCUGGGUAAAGGGAUCAUGCCAGGGGUUGGAUUCAAGACCCAUCAAACCCAUCCUGUGUCAUGGUCCCCAAGAUGUCGUCAGUGCAAGUUGCAGAUGCUCCUUGCUGAGCUGAACCUCCGGCCUGCAGGUGAGAAAUUGUCAUUUUGAUACGAGAGCAUUUUGAGGAGCAGCUCUCCAUUGUGCAGUCCUUGAGGGGUCUGGAGCUCGUGUCUGUGCUGUGAGGCACGUGCUGGUGCUGGGGUCAGUGCUGGAGCUGCAGCAGUGGCCGGGACUGUGUGACCGGCCCUUGGAGCUGGCUGGCCUCGGGGAGAGCUGGCUGCAGCAGGCGGGGCUGCCCGCCCUCCCCGCCCUGAGCACAUGGUGAGCAUCCACCAGUCUGUGGAGACCUGGAGCCUCGGCCGGAGCACAGCUGUGCUGCAGUGGCGCGGGAGCCCUUCCACGGAGCGAUGAAAUCAGCGGGUGUGGCCAGGAUUCCUCAGCUCCCGCCGGAGCUGUCUGGUGCCUGAUUUAUGGUGGUGUUAUUGCCAGGAUCAUGGCGUUGUCCCAGCAACCGCAGUGCAGCCCCCACCGUCCCUCACCUGGGUGGGAUGGGGCUGGCUGGGUCUCCCCCACUCCGUUGUCAGCCCCGGAGCGGGGGGCAGAGGCCGGGAACAGGCUCCUCGCUCGCCUCUGGCUUCGUGCAGGGGACAGGCUCCCCCUCGGCAGCGGCCCGGCGGAAGGGCCGGUUGUUUACUAGGGCAGAGGGUGUGGGAAGGGGUGAGCGCGCCCUGAGUGCCUUAGCAGAUGGGGAGCAAGCAGGCAGCCAAGUUGGCUGGAGGCUGCGGCGCUCCGCUGUGAGCACCCGUUAGCUCGGCCGCUCGGGCUUCCUCCCGUGACUCAUCCAGCCAGACCCAAGUGGGGAUGAGAGGCUGUGCAAGGGGAUGCCAUGCUCCUGUCUCUGCCAUGCUGUUGCUUCAUCCCAGCAUGGCUGACACUGCAUGACGUGGCCUGCCAGUCUGUGCUCCUUCCUGAGCACAGUCAAUGUCCCUGUCCUGGCGCCCAGUGCAGCUCUGGGGCCUGCUGGUUCCUGGUGUGGGGAGGCCGGGGCUGAGUAGGCAGCGCUGCGCGGGGUGCACGAGGGCCGUGGGCUGUUCGGCGGUAACCGAGCCCGACCCCUUGGCAUUUGCUGCCUUCACCGCUUCCCACGGCGGGAACAAGCGGCGCGUUCUGCAGGCGGCGGCGGGAGAAGAAAGGCCGCCUUGUCCGUCCCAGCAGUGGGGCGCCGGCUGGGGCGGCCGCGCUCCCGCCCCGCAUUCCUGCAGCGGAGCCGGCUGGAGAGGGGCUGCAUCCCCAGCAGGACGGGCUGGGCUGACGAGACAGCCCAUGUCCGGCACCAUCCGGCGUCUCCAGGAAGGCACCAUGGAGGCACCUGGCAGGACCCCCACCAGCCCGACCCACAGGGUGCAGACUGUCAUCCAGAACAGCCCCCUGGACCUGAUUGACACGGGCAAGGGGCUGAAGGUGCAGACAGAGAAGCCACAUUUGGUGAGCCUGGGCAGCGGUCGGCUCAGCACUGCCAUCACACUCCUGCCCCUGGAGGAAGGGAGGACCACCAUUGGCACGGCUGCGGCAGACAUCGUCCUGCAGGGCCCCGGUCUGGCGCCCCAGCACUGCUACAUCGAGAACGUGCGAGGGACACUGACCCUGCACCCCUGUGGCAACGCCUGUGCCAUCGACGGCGUGCCACUGCAGCGGCCCACGCACCUCAGCCAAGGGUGCACCAUCUGCCUGGGCCAGGCCACCUUCCUCCGCUUCAACCACCCUGCUGAGGCCAAGUGGAUUAAGAGCAUGAUCCCCACGGGGGGCAGAAGCCCGUCGGCUCUCUACGGGCUACCAGCAAAAUCCGAGGCCCUGGUGAAUGGUGGCCACCAGGUGUCAGAGCGUGGGUGUCACAGCCACAGCUCCCUUGUCAGCUCCAUCGAGAAGGACCUGCAGGACAUCAUGGACUCACUGGUGCUGGAGGAGUCUGCAUCCCCUGGCAUCCAGAAGCCACCUGCCUGUGGCCGAUCCCCCCUCUCCCCUGUGGUGAAUGGGGGUGGGCGCUGCCUCCUGUCCCCUCCAGCCAGCCCUGGGGCCGCCUCGGGGGGCUCCAGCUAUGAGAACUUCUCUCCCCUCUCCUCCCCAGCCAGCAGCAGUAGCUACACCAGCCCCUCACUCAGCAGCCAAGAGCAGGGCCCAGCCGUGCCGCCCCCUCUCCCACUCCGCUCCUCCAGCUACAACCACACUGUUCAGCCACCCGCUCUGCCUGCUGGGGGUUCUGGUGAGCCUUGGCCAGCCGAGAGGCUCGGGGACCACCGGGCGGGCAGCCCCCGGCUGGCGCCCAGGGUGGCGCCGCGGCCGCGGGGGGCCCUGCAGGAGCGGCCCCCCAGUCCCUUCCGGGAGCCGCGGGACUCGCUGGCCCCCAGCCGGCAGCCCGCCAGCAGGGCGGUCCCCGAGGCCCGGCUGCAGCCCCCCGAGAGCCCACGGGCCGCCCGGAGGAACAUCGAGAGCAUGCGGGAGCUGCCUCCCCUGAGUCCCUCCUUGUCACGCCGGGCUGCCAGCCCCCGGCUGGCCCCUGACGCCCCCUCCCCACAGCCCCGGCUGGGCAGGGAUGUGCCCGGCAGUCCCCGUACCAGGCGCAAGGGCCCGGAGGAGUCGAAAGGUGCUGGGCGCCCUUCUCCCCCACUGCUGCCAGAGAACCCCACACGCCGCCCCAGUUUCAGUACUUCCCUGAGCCCAACAUACGGGCUGGGCUCCUCGGCUGUGCCCUCGCCCCGGCAGAGCCCCCGUGCCCCCAGGAAGCCUUUGGGGGACCCCCGGCUGCCAGCGGGGUCACGGGAGCGCAAGAACAGCAUCACUGAGAUCAGUGACAACGAGGACGAGUUGCUGGAGUACCAUCGGCGGCAGCGGCAGGAGCGGGUUCGGGAGCAGGAGAUGGAGCGCCUGGAGCGGCAGCGCCUGGAGACCAUCCUGAACCUGUGUGCCGAGUACACCAAGACAGGCAGCACGGAGCUCCUGGCUGGUGACACAGAUGCUGGCCAGUGGGUGCCCAGGGGUGCCACGGCUCUGGGCCAUGCUGUGGAAGAGCUGCAGCAGAGGGAGAGCGUGGAGAGGUCAGAUGAGGAGAACCUGAAGGAGGAGUGCAGCAGCACUGAGAGUACCCACCACGAGCACGAGAAGCUGACGGGCCCCCGGGCCAAGGAGGCACAGCGGCUGGAGGAGGAGCGUGCCGGUGUCCUCGGACGCCUGGAGCAGCUCAAGGGUCGUGUCAAGGAGCUGGAGCAGCAGCUGCAGGAGACAUCACGAGAGGCAGAGAUGGAGCGGGCUCUGCUGCAGGGUGAGCGGGAAUCGGAGGUGCUGCGGCUGCGGCAGGAGCAGGAGGCUGUGCAGCAGCUGCAGGAGAAGCUCUCCAGCCUGGACGCCAGCAUCCGCAAGGAGCGGGACAAGGAAAGGGCAAAGGUUGAUGCUGAAAGGAAGGAGCUAGAGCAACUCCAGGCGCUUUACCAUGAGUCGAAGAGCCACCUUGAUAAGUGCCCCGAGUCAAUGCGGGAGCAAUUGCAGGAGCAGAUGCGAAGGGAGGCAGAGGCACUGGAGACGGAGGCCAAGCUGUUUGAGGACCUGGAGUUCCAGCAGCUGGAGCGAGAGAGCCACCUGGAAGAGGAGCGCGAGGCGCGCGGCCAGCAGCUGCUGCAGAGCCGGGCCGAGUGCCACCGGAGCAUCGCGCGCAGGAAGGAGCGCGUGGCUGCCCUGGAUGCCCAGGCUGCCCAGAUUCGGCUUCAGAGCGCCCAGGAGGCCGAGCGCCUGGCCCGGGAGCGGAGCAGCGUCCUGCAGCUCCUGCAGAAGGAGAAGGAGAAGCUCAUGUCUCUGGAGAGGCGAUACCAGCUUGUCACGGGUGGCAGGAGCUUCCCAAAAAUGUCCUCAGCUCUCCGAGAGGAGACCCUCCACAUCUCAGAACCUUAUGAGCUGUUGGAGGGAACUAAGCCCCUGAGCCCCCUGCCAGCAGCAGCUGCCUCCUUAGCUUCUCCUGCCACCUACUCCUACCCCAAGGCACAAGAGGAGUACAUGAGGCUGUCUGACGUUUUCAGGUUCUGCAGCAAUGCACAUGGCCCCAGCCUGGACACUAAAGCUUCUGCUGCUGCCCCUGCUGCCGCUCAGCGCUCUUUCUUGCUUGCUGCAGCUCCCACAGCCAACGAGUAUGUGACUGUUGAGCAGCUCUCUGGUAUCCUGGGCAGCCUCCACACCCCUGCUGCUUCCCUGCUGGGCUGUACCCCUCCGGCUCCUUCAUCCUCAGGCUGUGCUCCUCUUCCUCCUCUUCCAUCUCUCCCUUCUCCCUUCAUCUCUGCAGAGAUGGAGCAGCAGCUGUUGGGAGGCCCGGUGUGUCUCCCGGCUCUUGAUUUAGAGAAGUGGUACCAGGAGGUUAUGGCUGGCUUUGAGACCUCCUCUUCCUCUGUCUCUCCUUCUUCUUCCCCUCCUCCACUUCCAGCUAAAGCUCACUCCUCUCACAAGGCUCUGCAGGUCUAUCGUGCAAAAACAGAGGGUGGUGCUGGUGUCCUCACCCCUCGGAUGAAGAGCGGGACCCCUUCGUCCUCGCAGCUCAACCUCUCCGUGCUGGAGCGCAGCCCCUCCCCCAAGGGCCCCCCCAGCCCGGCGGGCAGCCUGUCCCGCAACCUGGUGGCCACGCUGCAGGACAUCGAGACCAAGCGCCAGCUGGCCCUGCAGCAGAAGGCCCAGCUGCUCCCAGCAGAGCCCUUGCAGCCAGGCAAUCUACCAGGUCGGCAGGUGAUUGAGGAGCAGAAACGGCGGCUCGCAGAGCUGAAGCAGAAAGCAGCUGCUGAGGCGCAGUCCCAGUGGGAAGCCCUGCAUGGGCAGCCCCCCUUCCCCACUGCCUUCCCCCGGCUUGUGCACCACUCCAUCCUCCACCACAGCCGUCCCCAUGGCGCCGGGCCCCGGGCUGAGGAGCUGGACCAUGCAUAUGACACGCUCAGCUUGGAGAGCUCAGACAGCAUGGACACCAGCAUCUCCAUCGGCAACAACUCUGCCUGCUCACCUGACAACAUCUCCAGUGCCAGCGGGAUGGAGACAGGGAAGAUUGAGGAGAUGGAGAAGAUGCUGAAGGAGGCACAGGAGGAGAAGUCGCGGUUGAUGGAGUCCCGGGAGCGGGAGAUGGAGCUGCGCCAGCAGGCGCUGGAGGAUGAGCGCUGGCGGCGGGAGCAGCUGGAGCGCCGGCUGCAGGAUGAGACUGCGCGGCGGCAGAAGCUGGUGGAGAAGGAGGUCAAGCUGCGGGAGAAGCACUUCUCACAGGCUCGUCCCCUGACACGCUACCUCCCCAUCCGCAAGGAGGAUUUCAACCUGCGGCUGCACAUCGAGUCCUCGGGCCACAGCGUUGACACGUGCUACCACAUCAUCCUGACGGAGAAGAUGUGCAAGGGCUACCUGGUCAAGAUGGGUGGGAAGAUCAAGUCUUGGAAGAAGCGCUGGUUUGUCUUUGACCGCAUGAAGCGCACCCUCUCCUACUACGUGGAUAAACACGAGACCAAGCUGAAGGGUGUUAUCUACUUCCAAGCCAUUGAAGAGGUUUACUAUGACCACCUCCGCAGUGCUGCCAAGAGCCCCAACCCCGCGCUCACUUUCUGUGUCAAGACCCACGACCGACUCUACUACAUGGUGGCACCAUCGGCCGAGGCCAUGCGCAUCUGGAUGGACGUCAUUGUCACCGGGGCAGAGGGCUACACCCAGUUCAUGAACUGAGGGCGGUGCUGUGCAUCCCAGAUCCACUUGCUGCAUGGACUUCUGAGCAUCCCAAGCAGCCAGGAGCUCCUGAGGGCACCACGGUCCCUGCUACACUCGUGCCAAGGGCUGUGCACACCGAGGUCGUGGACCUGCAUUGGGCACGCCUGGGUGAUCCUGAGCGUUGCCUGUCCAGGCAACGGAAUAAGUUUUUUUUUAUGUUGACUUUCUAGAAACAAACUUUAUUGGAACAAUAUCAACGUGCUGAAGUGUAAAAAGCUGCCAAAGACCUGCUGGGGCCCGAGCCCUCUGGUUUUGAGGCUGAUGCUGAUCCUUGCUGCCAUAGUGUUCCAGGGAAGGAGAUGGCGAGGGACCCCCGGCCCCGUGCGGCCAGGACGUCCCACUGCGGUCGACUCAGAGCCCUUUUGUAAACCUUUUGUAAUUUCGGAGCCUUGUCCCCCCUGUGUUGGGGCCGGCUGGGGGUUGCGGCUGCCCGGUCAUAAAGCAUUUGUGAACCAGG